AUGCUAGAAAUCGAUUAAUUCUAUAAGAAUUUCAACUACUGGGGCUAUCCAUCAGAUGCAUAUGCAGUUCACUUCGUUAAAGAAAAACCUGGGUUUAGCUUCUAUCUUUAAUUUCUUAUCACUUCAAUGAUUAUCUUGUUUGUGCUUAUGGGAUUCAUCCUACUUUACUAUAUAGUCUUCGAAGAUACCAGGAAAAGGUAGAGUAUAGAAUAUAUGCAAACUCUAGAUCUAAUAUAGAAAAAGCAUGAAUAGAUGAGAUAAAUGGCAGAGGCUCCACCCGCUGAAAUGCCUCUAGGCAAGGGAAGCCAAAAUGAUAAGAAAAAUAAUUGA